CCUGCAGGCGUCACCAGCUUUCGAGCAAGCAUCAAGAGCGGUAAACUGCAAGGCCCUGAGGGCUACAGGUCAGGCAUGAAUAUGCAAUCACACCGCAUCACAGCUUCUCAUCAGGGCCUGUAGGUUUCUGGGGGUGCUCUUCCUGGCCUCGCUCUUGGCUGCCAGGAAUGCACACACCAACACGAGCUGUUGGGCGCUGGGCACACGCUGGCCAGCGGCCUCUUCGCCGGUCCCAACCCGGUUGUUGGAGCCUAGUCUAUGCAGUCACCCGCCGCACACCAUCCCGGGGAACCUCCGCGACGUGUCAUUCUGGCUUGCAGGAUGCUGAUACGAGAUAUUCUCACCACUCGAACCCGGACCUCCGGACGCCCGAACCACCAACACCGCCGCAUCCCGGUCCCAGCCCGCGUCGAGUCGCUCUGCAGGAUGCCAAACCCUUCUCCGACUUCCUUACAGACACCUUCCACAGGCAGCAUACCUACCUGCGCAUCUCCCUGACCGAGAUGUGUAACCUGCGCUGCGUCUACUGCAUGCCUGAAGAGGGUGUUCCCCUCUCGCCCCCCUCCUCUCUCCUCACCACCCCUGAGAUCCUCCUCCUGGCCUCAACCUUUGUCUCUCAGGGGGUCGGCAAGAUCAGGCUCACAGGGGGCGAGCCUACCGUGCGUCGUGACAUCCUGCCCUUGAUGCAGCAGCUCGGCGAACUCCGCCCUCAUGGCCUGCGCGAGCUGUGUAUCACCACCAACGGCGUCGCCCUGCACCGGAAGCUGGAGCCGAUGGUCGAGGCGGGGCUGACCGGCGUGAACCUGAGCCUGGACACGCUGGACCCGUGGCAAUUUCAGAUCAUGACGAGGCGCACGAGCUUCGAUGCCGUGCAGAAGAGCAUCACUCGCAUACACGAGCUGAACCGGGCGGGCGCGGGCGUCAAGUUCAAGAUCAACUGUGUCGUCAUGCGGGGCGUCAACGACCGCGAGCUGCUCGAUUUUGUGGACCUGACGCGCGACAGCGACGUCGAGGUCCGCUUCAUCGAGUACAUGCCAUUUGAUGGGAACAAGUGGAGCCAGGGCAAGAUGUUCAGCUAUGGCGAGAUGUUAAAUGUCAUCCGCCAGCGAUACCCCACCCUGCGCAAGGUUGAGGAUCACCGGAACGACACGAGCAAGACGUGGCACAUACCCGGCUUUACUGGUCGCCUCGGAUUUGUGACGAGUAUGACGCACAAUUUCUGCAGCACAUGCAACCGGUUACGCAUAACCAGCGAUGGCAACUUGAAGGUGUGCCUUUUUGGGAAUGCUGAGGUGUCACUAAGAGACAUCGUGAGGGAGGUAAAUGGCGGAGAGCCCAUUGAUGACGUGGCUUUCCUCCGGCUCAAGAAGCUUGCCAUGGACCAACAGCUGCCUGCUUUGGCCUCACGAGGUGAUGAUGAAGCAGAGAGGCAGAUGAUGAUCGCGCCCAAUUCGGAGCAACUGCUCAGCGUCAUUGGCGCAGCGGUGAAGCGUAAGAAGGCUAGGCAUGCCGGCAUGGGCGAGCUGAAGCACAUGAAGAACAGACCCAUGAUACUGAUAGACCAGACAUUGACGCCGCCGCCGCGACCGUCUGUGUGGCCGGCACAGCAAUAUUCUCAUCUUCGCAACCAAAUUGGUCCACCAAUAUCACACCGUGCCUCACUACCCUCGUCGACAUCAGAAGACGACAAGCCCGCGUCGACACCGUCGUCCCCACCACAACAGCCCAGCAGCAACACCUCGCCACAGGCGCUCGACCCGGACUCCAAGCCCAGGCUCACCCAUAUCAGCCUCAAGGGCGAGGCGCACAUGGUCUCCAUUGCGCACAAGCAGCCCACCACGCGCACGGCACGUGCAGUCUGCAGCGUCCACUUCUCCAACCCGACCAGCCUCCGGCUGAUACGCGAGGACGGCCACGCCAAGGGCGACGUGCUCGGCGUGGCGCGAAUAGCCGGCAUCAUGGCGGCCAAGAAGACACCCGACCUUGUACCUUUAUGUCACCCGAUUAUGCUGUCGCACGUGCGCGUAGAGCUGCAGCCGGUGGAGGCCGGGGCCGAGACCGAAGGUGGGGGCAGAGUUGACGUGGCUGCCACGGUGACGUGCGACGGCAAGACGGGCGUCGAGAUGGAGGCGCUCACUGCAGCGUCUGCGGCCGCGCUGACCGUGUAUGACAUGUGCAAGGCAGUGGACAAAGGGAUGUGUAUCGACGGAUUGCGGGUCGUGCUGAAGGAGGGCGGAAAGAGCGGGCGGUGGGUGGAGGGGAUGAGGACGGAGUAG